AUGCCCUUUUGGUGGCCGAGGAGGAGGUCCAGGCCGAGCUCCAAGCGCAAGGACGGGCCCGUGCCGGCGUCCGCCUCGGCCUCCUGCUCGCCUCGCCACUCCGUCGACGUCGUUCCACCAACCGCGUACGCGUCCGCCAGCGCGUCGCCGUCGGUCCAGUGGGAGCGGGCGUGGACGCGCAGCCUCGGCUCCCCGGCGCCGGCGCCGGCGCCGCGGGGCGCGGAUAGGGCCGCUGCCGCCACGCUAUGCGGCGGCGGCGGGUCAGGACCUGGGGGAGCGGCGGCUGGGCGUGGGCAGGGUUUACCGCUCCCGCGCCCUGCUGUGUACAAAUCGGCGCGCGGUGGCUCGCCGGUUUCGAGCGAGAGCUCGUCGGAGUCAGACGAGGUGGUGGACAACACAAAUUACAGGUAUGUGGAUCCAUUUGUCUAUCCUGGAGCAAGAACUAUGCCACCUGAUGCACAUAAGCGCACGACAGAAGAAAAACACCUUGUUUCAUGUAGUGCUCCGCCUCCGCGUGAGCACCAUAAGUUUUUUGAGGUGCCUGUCACCAAUGCCAGAGAAGUUCAUUUGCAAAGCUAUGAAGCUGCAACUACUGGGACUACUUCGCGUGGUAGAGUGUUUCAUAAAAAUACUCGUGCAAGAACGAGGAGUCUUUCCCCAGGACCAAGAGGGCAUGAUUUUGCUUCCAGUUUUGCAGCUCCAGGAGACCUUGGGGUUAGUUCAAGGUCAAUGGUUAAAAUGAUGGAUGAUCUGAAGAGUCAGUCUCAACCCUUUUUUGCGAGCAGUCUGUCUCAACCCUUGCCUCGUCCUCCGGCUCGUAUUGCUAGCUGUCCCAUUCCUUCAUCUCCCAUUGCUUCUGCCCAAUCCCAAUCACAGUGGAAAAAGGGGAAGCCGUUAGGUAGCGGCACAUUUGGUCAGGUUUACCUUGGAUUCAACAGUGAAAGCGGGAAGUUUUGCGCAAUAAAGGAGGUGCAAGUUAUUUUGGAUGAUUCAAAGUCAAAAGAACGCCUCAGACAAUUGAAGCAGGAAGUAGAUAUGCUUAGACAACUCUCACACCAAAACAUUGUGCAAUACUAUGGAAGUGAACUGACUGAUGAGGCACUGUCCAUCUAUCUUGAGUAUGUUUCUGGAGGUUCAAUCCACAACUUGCUUACAGACUAUGGUCCUUUUAAGGAACCUGUGAUUCGUAACUAUACUCAGCAGAUUCUUUCUGGACUUGCCUACUUGCAUGGUAGGAAAACUGUGCACAGAGACAUAAAAGGAGCAAACGUACUUGUUGGCCAAAAUGGCGAAGUCAAACUUGCUGAUUUUGGCAUGGCUAAACAUAUAACAUCUUUAGCUGAAAUACACUCAUUGAGAGGAAGCCCAUACUGGAUGGCUCCUGAGGUUAUAAUGAAUAAAAAUGGGUACAGUUUUGAAGUCGAUAUCUGGAGCCUUGGCUGCACAAUUAUUGAAAUGGGAACUGGGAGACAUCCUUGGCAUCAGUAUGAAGAUGUACCUGCAAUGUUUAAGAUAGUUAACACUAACGAUAUGCCAGAAAUCCCAGAGAGAUUUUCUAAAGAAGGGAAAGAUUUCCUUAGUUUGUGCUUAAAACGUGAUCCAGCGCAGCGCCCAUCUGCAACUCAGUUGCUGCGUCAUCCUUUUGUUCAAGACAAUCAGUCCAACAAAGAACCUUCAUUGAAGAGAAGCAUUGCUCCUCUGCGGGACAUUGGAGGGAUAAGAGUGCGAGGUUUUAUGGGACCUUCCUCAGCAUGCGUUUCACCCCACAAAACUUCCAGGCACAGUAACCUGCAUUUACUGACCAUUCUUCUUUCCGGUUCAUCCAAUCACACCCAGUAUUCUGACUGA